AUGUUUUUUGGCGAAAAGCCAAUUUACGAGGGUGACAUUCUCAUUGACUACAGUGAGAUUGGAAAUCGUGACCCUGACUACAGUGACUCUUCCACUGAUGAAUCAGAAAGUGAAGAUGAAUCUGACUCUGACGACUACUCUCCCACUUCACUCUCUGGUGGUGGUGGUGGUGGUAACUUUGGCUGGACUUAUGUGGGCUCUGAGGGAAGGAGCCACAGAUCCAGCAGAUUGGAGGACCAGGAUUCUACUUCUACAUCAUCGACACCUAUAACUGUAAACUCUUUUCAACCGUUGGAAGAUGUUGAUGUGGAGCUGGUUGCAGAUGAAUCAAUUAGUGUUGCUGACGACAAAGAUACACUUCAGUCUGAGGACCAUAUAUUGCUCGAAGAUUCUGCUGUUGAUGAUGCUGAUUUGAGAUCGGUGAACUCCAACGUAGCUGGUCGCCCUGGUUCCGAAGAUACUAACGAAGAUUUUUCUCACGAAAAUUCAUUUUCUGAACAUAUGGUAAAGCUCCAGAAAGCCUUUGCUCCAGGAACUCAGUCGCCCUCAGUGGUGGCUCAUCAAACAAGUCCGGUGACUCUUCCCAAACAACUACACAUUUUGGAUGAGGAUGACAGUGUGGAUCUUGCGCUGUCUGGAACUGCUGAACUUACCCGCGAGGCUUCAGCUGUUGAAACCGCUAGCCAAUCUGGUGAUGACAAUCAGGAUGCGGUUGACUCAGAAACCAAUGAUGAAGACAUGGAUGGGUCUGUGGAACAUAUACUGGGUUUCGACGAAUUGGAAGACUCAUCAGAUUCUGAAUUUUCGUCUAGCGACGUUGUCAUGGAUUCCUCUACUAAGUUGGAGGAAGCUCCUGCGAGAUCGAGAUUAAAAUCUGCGCUGGAACGUGCUGGUCAGCCAGAAAAUCGUCGUUUACAUGCCGGUAGGCGGAGCCAAGUGGCUGGCUCCUCAGGUAUACGGCAGGAGCUACCGGAGCUACCCCCAGCGCCCUCCUCUGAGAGGCUGUUGCUGGGAGCUGGUGGUUCUGAUACUGUUACUACUGCUGCAUCUGGAAGUGGCAGUGAACUGAGAGACACUGCUGAGAAUGAUCGCCCACGCUUACCGCCUGCACCAUCUACUCAGAGGCUCCUGCUAGAGUAUGGGCGAGCAGGGGAUGCUACAAGCUUUGGGGACAAUACAAGCGACGUGCGGCACAGCUCCGUGCAACAAAAUCGACAUAUGCCACUUCCGGCUCCACCUUCGAGACGGUUGUUGUUGGCAGCUCCUCCUCCGUCUUCUUCUGAACAUGAUUCGCAAACUGCUGGGCAAGUAGUUGUUCGACAAACAAGCCAACACUCAGCUCCGGCAGAAGCCCAACAGCCUCUUGCUAAUACUGGAAGAAUUACUAGGUCUGCUGCGGGUACUGCGGGUGCUGCGGGUGCUGCGGGUGCUGCGAGAGUGCCUGCUCCGUCGUCCAGACACCGUCAUCGAGAAGCCUCUCGGGACACAGUUGUUGUUAACAAAAGAUUAGCUGAUUUGAUUGAGCAAAAUGGCUAUUAUGUUCCUAACAGUGCACUUCAGCGGCUGGCGCGAAAAGAAAAUUCUUCAUUAAUUCUAAAUCGCACAAAUCUAAUUACCCGGCCUACUGAUAACCUUCCACUAAAAGUAGUCUCAGAAAAUUCGACUUCAAACUCCUCACCAAGAUUGGAAAAUGAAGCCUCAAAUGGUUCUCCCACAACACCCUCUACCUCUGCUUCUUUGUCCUCGGAAUCAUCUGCACAUUCGGAGCCAGUGGUUACAUCACCAACCUCCUCUGCUGUGACGUCUCCCACAUUAGAAAGUUCUUCUUCUCGUCGUGAUCACCAAACCACUCCUCCCUCGUCAUCGAAUCGCAUGCUGUCGAUAGCACAACGCAAUAUCUUACGCACAUCGGGCUUACUUUGGGGCUCUCGCUCUUCCGACCGGCACAGUGACAAACUGAAACUCUCGAACUCUGAGUCAGCUUUGGACUCGGAAUCUAGGUCACUGCUGCAUGGUCUGCCAGCUCGUGAGGGUUCAACACUGAGAGCCCCACACGGCCACCUCCAGGGUACACCGAAUCUUAGAUUCAACCCCACUCCCGAUGCGGUUCCCUUUCUUUCUCACACUCACUCGGCAACACACAAUGUCCCUGCUACGUCAGCAUCAGUAGAUGAGGACUCAGUCGUUAGCACUGACUCGCAGUCCCACUCUCCCGCCUCCACAACCGAAGCUGAUGUUGAGGCUACAAGCGAUGAAAUCUCAAUUGCAGCACCCUACAAUUCUGACUCUCAGGGCUCAUCAGAACACUUAGCUGACGGCAUUGACUUCUUACAUGAAACUUUUGUUUCUUCGCCUGCUGAUGAUGAAAUUAUUUUUUGUUGA